AUGGCGCAGCAACCGGGCGGCCCAGGCGGGGAGGAGGAGGAGGAGGAGGUGGAAGCAGGGGGCCGGCAUCGGCAGCAUCAGCAGCGGAGGAACGACGACGAGGCGUGGCAGCGGUGGGCGGUGCUGGUGGCGACGGUGUGGAUCCAGGCGCUGACAGGGACCAACUUCGACUUCUCGGCCUACUCGUCGGCGCUCAAGUCGUCGCUGGGGGUCUCCCAGGAGGCGCUCAACUACCUGGCGACGGCGUCGGACCUGGGCAAGGCGCUGGGGUGGUCGUCGGGCCUGGCGCUGCUCCACAUGCCGCUCCACGCCGUGCUCAUGGUCUCCGCCGCCAUGGGGCUCGCCGCCUACGCCGUGCAGUACUACUGCCUGGUCGCGUCCGUCGCCGUCCCCUACCCUCUGGUGUUCUUGGUCUGCUUGAUAGCAGGGUGCAGCAUCUGCUGGUUCAACACAGUAUGCUUUGUUCUCUGCAUACGCAGCUUCUCUGCAAACAACCGCUCCCUGGCCCUCUCCCUAUCAAUAAGCUUCAACGGGCUCAGCGCUGCCUUCUACACUCUCUUUGCGAAUGCCCUAUCCCCUUCCUCCCCAGCUGUAUACCUCCUCCUCAAUGCAAUCCUCCCUUUUGGUGUCUCUAUUCUUGCACUCCCAGCAAUCCUCCUCUGCCACACAAAUGACAGCCACCUCCAAAGUGCGCCCAGGCAUGACAGGCGUGUCUUCCUCGGUCUCUACAUCCUCGCAUUCAUCACCGGCAUAUAUCUGGUGGUCUUUGGAUCUUUCACCGCAACCGGCUCUACUGCAUGGGUCAUCCUCACAGGUGCCAUGGUCCUCCUCGCCCUCCCUCUCAUCAUCCCUGCCUGCUCCAGUUGCUCAUAUGUGGAUACAGAUGGCCCUGACCCUGCAUCGCCACUAAACCAUGAUGAUCCACAUAAGCCACUCCUAAUCAGUAACAAUCAUCAGAUGGAGUCCAAUGCGAUGGUGCAAAAACCAAUGGAGCACCAGACGCAGGGCAAUUGUUGUGGAACAAUAGUGGGCAAGGGCCACCUGGCGGCGCUCGGUGAAGAACAUAGUGCAAAGAAGCUCAUUCGGUGUGUGGACUUCUGGCUCUACUACACAGCCUACUUCUGUGGAGCCACUGUUGGCCUGGUAUACAGCAACAACUUGGGGCAGAUUGCGCAGUCAUUGCAACAGCAGUCACAGCUCACCAUGCUACUUGCUGUCUACUCAUCCUGCUCCUUCUUCGGUCGUCUUCUUUCUGCACUACCUGACAUCCAUCACAGGAAGGUGUCACUUGCUCGCACAGGGUGGCUUGCUGCUGCAUUGGUCCCCAUGCCAAUGGCCUUUUUCCUUAUGUGGAACCAACAAGAUGCAAGCACCCUGGUAGCAGGAACAGCACUAGUUGGCCUAAGCUCAGGGUUCAUCUUUGCUGCAGCAGUGUCAGUGACCUCCGAGCUCUUUGGACCAAAUAGCGUUGGGGUGAAUCACAACAUCCUAAUCACCAAUAUCCCACUGGGCUCACUCCUCUAUGGCCAGAUUGCUGCCAUGGUAUACGAUGGAAAUGGCCAAAAGAUGACAGUAAUGGAUAACAGCACUGGCAUUGUUGACACCAUGAUUGUGUGCAUGGGGAUGAAGUGCUACUCAACCACCUUCUUCUUGUGGGCUUGCAUCACAUUUCUGGGGUUAGCAUCAAGCAUAGUUCUAUUCAUAAGAACAAAGCCAGCUUAUGCUAGUGCUGCUAGUUGGUCAAGUUGUAAUUCGCCGCGGUCAUGUACAGCGGGAAGAAGUCGUCCAGCGACGGUGGCGGUGGCCACAAGUCUUCUUCCAAGGGCUCGUCGUCGCCAGCCAAAGGCAAGUCCAGCGGCGGGUCGGACUCGGACUCGGAAUCAGAAUCGGAACCAGGACUCGAAGACGGAUCUGAAGGCCGUGUCCAAGAGCAUCAAGGCGAUGUGUUCGCAGACAGACUACACGGACGCGUGCGAGAAGAGCCUUGGCAAGGUCGCGAACGCCAGCUCGUCGUCGCCCAAGGACAUCGUCCGCAGUGCCGUGGAGGUGAUCGGCGACGCGAUCAGCCAGGCGUUCGACCGCGCGGACCUGAUCCUGAGCAACGACCCGCGUGUGAAGGCCGCCGUCGCCGACUGCAAGGAGGUGUUCGCGGACGCCAAGGACGACCUCAACAGCACGCUCAAGGGCGUCGACGACAAGGACGGCAUCGCCAAGCAGAGCUACCAGCUGCGCAUCUGGCUUAGCGCAGUGAUCGCGAACAUGGAGACGUGCGUAGAAGGGUUCCCCGACGAUGAGUUCAAGGCCAAGGUGAAGGAGUCGUUCACUGACGGGAGUUCAAGGCCCAGGCGGUGGCACCCAGCAUGCCUGCCUGCUUGCCCGGUACAGCCACGUUACAUGUCCAGCAUCAGUACAUAA